UUGCCGGUUGUAGUGGAAUACGUUCUCCUAUACUAAGUACUAGCUAGCUAAAUUAAUUGACAGCCACAAAGUUGAAACAAGAAGACUGGUCCAACACUUGUCGCCAAGAGGCAUGCUUGUCUUCCCGAAAGCCAUUCCAAGCCAUGCAUGCAGCGAGACGAGCCCUCGACCAUCGAAAGAGAUGGCAAACAACCAGUAUAUAACCCUACGCAUUCUCGCCUUUCCUCCUCACUCCCGACAGGAAGAGAGACACAUGCACCAGGAAUCAAUUAGCGCUCAGCGUCAACCAUGCCCGGUCUGGCUCGCUUCAUCCUCCUCCUGCUCCUCGUCCUCGCCGUCCCCGUCGCUCAGCCUACCCCCUACAGCGACAACCUCCAGGACGCGUGCAACAAGACGUUGUUCCCCAAAGUGUGCAUCCAGGCGCUGACGGGCAACCCGGAGACCCGGACAGCGGACGCGCGCCGGCUGGCCGAGUUGUCCGUGAACUUCGCCAAACAGGCGGGCACCAAGGUGGCAGCGCUCGCUCACAACGAGCUCAACAGUGUCAAGGCGGAGGACGUCAUGUUCAAGUGCCUCGACAGCUGCUCCGACGACAUUGAAGAGGCGGUGGCGCACCUGAGCGGCCUCAGCGGCGAGGUCACCGACAGCAAGUUCCUCGAGGUCAAGUCAUGGCUGUCCGCGACGCUGGGCGGCUCGUCCACCUGUGAGGAGAGCUGCAAGGACGCGCCCGCCAGUGAUGCCAAGACGUUCUUCGUAGCCAAGAGCAUCGAAUUCGAGAAGCUGCUCCGCGUCACGCUCGACCUCAUCACCGAGGCCUCCGGCUCCAUGUCCGCGUCCGGCUCCAUGUCCGGCGACGUCGCGGUGCCGCCCACGCCGUAUGAUGGCAGCGCUUCAGGUUCCUAUGUUGCCAGCGCGCCGGGCUCCUACAGUGUCAGCGCAUCCGAGUCGUCCGAGAGUGCCAGCGCACCCGAGUCGUCCGAGAGUGCCAGCGCAUCCGAGUCGUCCGGGAGUGCCAGCGCACCCGAGUCGUCCGGGAGUGCCAGCGCGCCCAGCUCCGAAGCACCAUCCGCUGAUGCGUCGGCGCCGGCCUCGAACGCACCAGCCUCCGAGGCACCGUCAGCUGGCGCGCCAGGCCCCUCCUAUGGCUCCAGCAGCGCACCGAGCUCCGAAGCACCAUCCAGUGAUGCGUUGGCGCCAUCCAGUGAUGCGUCGGCGCCAUCGAACGCUCCAACCUCCGACGCACCAUCAGCUGGCGCGCCAGGCCCCUCCUACGGCUCCAGCGCACCGAGCUCCGAAGCACCAUCCACCGAUGCGCCGACGCCCUCGAGCUCGAACGCACCAACCUCCGACGCACCCUCAGCUGGCUCGCCAGGCCCCUCCUAUGGCUCCGCCAGCGGGCCAUCUACCGAUGCACCGUCGCCAUCCCCAUCGGACGCCGACGCGCCAUCUUCCGGGUCUGCCGGCGCGCCAUCAUCAGGGUCGGCCGGCGCACCAUCAUCAGGGUCUGCCGGCGCACCAUCGUACGGGUCUGCCGGCGCCCCGUCCCCGUCCGACGCCGGCGCUCCUGAUGCCGACUCACCUGCAUGAGC